AUGACUAUAACAACUCACUUUAUUGAUGAUUUAUGGAGGCUACAAAGUCGACUUGUGAGGUUUAUGUAUGUGCCUGCUCCUCAUACUAGUCAAGUUCUUGCUGAAUUAUUGGUUGAAUGUUUAAUGGAUUGGAAUCUAGAUAGAAAAGUUUCUACUUUGACAGUAGAUAAUUGCACUACAAAUGAUGCUAUGAUUGAUCGCAUUUUAGACAAGAUUUCACCUAGGUCUCUUAUUUUGGGUGGCCAAUUGUUUCACAUGCGAUGUUGUGCACAUAUAUUAAAUUUGAUUGUGAAAGAUGGUUUGUCCAUAAUUGCUAAUGUCAUUGAAAAGGUUAGAGAAAGUGCUAAUUUUUGGACAGCUACACCUAAAAGAGAAGAGAAAUUUAUAGAGACAUGUGCUCAAUUGAAUAUUCCAUUUAGAAGAAAAUUAGUUGUUGAUUGCAGAACUAGAUGGAAUUCUACAUUUUUAAUGCUUCAAGUAGCCAUACAAUACAAAGAUGUAUUUGACCGUUUAUCACAACGAGAGAGUCAGUAUAAAGUUUUGCCUAGUGCACAUGAUUGGCAAAUGGCACAUGAAAUUUGGCAAUAG